GUGUUCAUUUAUCAAAAGCCAACGGGAACUCCAAGAAUGAAAUGCAAAACUAGCUUUUGAUCCACCGACUUUGUGUUUGCCACCACCAUGUUCGUUUGUAGACGGAAAGCCCAAACAUCACUGACGACGGGAACCAUGGUCUUCCAAACCACUACCUCAAGGAUGUGGGAACGCUGGUUGUUCAUGGCUCUGAUUGGAAUGUCCUUGUUCUCCGAAAAUACCGGCAAACUUCAAAUCUUGGAAAUGAGGAUCCCGGAUCCAUUCAUUUUUGGAGCGUCAGCGGAACUCGUUUGUGAUUUCGGGUGGGACAAAUCGGAGGUUCAACAAGGACGACAUUUGUAUUCUGUCAAGUGGUACAAAGACGGCGAGGAGAUCUACAGAUUCGUGCCCAGUGAAGACCCAGUGGUCAUUUCCUACGCCAAACCCGGAGUUAAAGUUGACGAGUCUCGGUCUACUUCCACGCGGAUGUUUCUCAAAUGGGCGGACUGGAACACAGCCGGGUCGUACCGAUGCGAGGUCACGGCCGAUGACUACGAGACCAUCUUCAAGUCUCAAACCAGCGAAGUGGUCGCUGUUCCACUUUCGGGACCCAUGAUUACUGGUCAACAGACUCGCUAUGCUUUGGGUGAUAUUGUUAAUCUUAAUUGCUCCUCCAACUCAUCUGACCCUUUGGCGGACAUCUUCUGGUACAUCAAUUCCGAUGCGGCUUACCCUCAUCAAGUGAUCGAUUAUCCUUGGAUCAGGGAACCCACCAAUCUCAUGACGCGAGUCUCGGGGCUCCAAUUUCGGAUCACCAGCAAAUAUAUGAAGGAUGAUCCCACCGUGAAGGUGAAGUGCAGUGCCAUGCUCCUCGAGAUUUACCUCAAGAGUAACGAGAUCAGUUUUGAGGUGGAUCGUCCCACUCGCUUAUCAUCGAAUCUCAUUCCGGCUCUGGAGAGUCGAGAUGGAAAGCUAUCUAAACAACAGACCUCGUCUCAAGUAUUUUUCGACGACGGCCUUCAUCGGCUGGGUUCCAUCCCUUCUUCCAGCAAUCAUGCCGAGCAAGACAAUAGUCAUCAUUCCCUAGUUUUUGGCACCAAUGGAGCCUCCUCGUUAUCAUCCCGAUCCCUCUCGACGGUGCUGUGGAUGUCAAUGUCGACGUCAUCGCCACUUCCCGGGCAUUCCACUUGGUUGAUCCUCUUGCCACUGUGCCAUUCGUCCGUGAUGACUUGGGCACUCUGUCUCCUCUUGGCUGUUGCAUCAUCAUCCACUAACGGGUUCUCAAACUGCUUUGUGUCAGGAUCGCCUGGAGGGCUUAUUUAAUAUUCAUGAGCCAACGCUUUGCUGCUACUACUCCUCCUCCUCCUCCCCUAACACUCCCAUGGGUGGAGAACGCCUGUCGAAACGAAAAAGGGUUACCCGCCGAAGAACGUAUUCGGUAGCGAAUGAGUGCUUCAGGGGUUGGGUGCAACCCUCGGACAGUGACAAAUCAGUGAUUGACAAUAGAAAAAUGGAUCCUGGUGUCGUCCCCGAUGCUCUACUAGCAUUUCGUGCCAUUUCCCACUCUCUCUGUAUGUCUUGGCAAAAGUGGAACAUACGUCGAAUGGGACAGGCAUCGUAGAAGACGAAAGGGGGAAGAAACGCUUGCAUGGUGGUUAUCAAACUCUGUCCCUUGACGGAUAGGACAAGAAGAAGUGUUGUUUGGGGAAGUUCCAGCGUGUGGAUUGACAUUCCCGGACAGUCGUAUUUUUAUUCCGUUGAAGAACGGCUGAUUUGACCCGGUCUUUUUUUCCACUCUUGACCACUAUUAUAUCAUCAGUAUGUUUGGAGUUCUAUUCUUGAUCCCUGUUCGAUUUGCAAUAGUCCCUCCAUCCAACAAGAAAACCAUAUCAACAUUUUUAUCGUUAUCUAAUCCCAAAAUCAUCAUUUUGCUUCCUAAUCAUAUGACAAUAAAUACUACUUACUACGA